AUGGCGUUCAGCAACCACGAAAACCUAUCGUCCGCACCACCCCGCCGGCCCUCCCAGGGCCCUCCUACUGAGCAAGGAGAAGACCACAUGAUGACGCAGACCGACUCAUCCUUUGACCCCCAUGAGUGGCAUCGGCACUUCCAGAACUGUCGCCGCUUUUUCCUUGACCAUUCACAGCACAGUCCAUUCCUCCAGGCUGUGGCUGCCUACGUGAAUAUCCUCUUACCAUAUCAACGACACCCGAACCCGAUAUCAGCAUACUCCCCACUUCGAUCAACGACAUCACAUUCGGGGGACUCAACACCCUCUACGCUCUCACCCAGGCUUGACGACCGCCACGGCGAGUCGAUCUCGCUAGUUCCAUAUAUCCGCCGGCUUGUUGUAACCGGCUUCGACACGCAGGCGAUGCUCAAGACGUUCUUUGGCGAUGACUGGGCCAAAGGAAUAGGGCAGCUACACGAAUCCGAGAGACGCAAUUACCUCUUCGCCGCGAAGAGUGGGAGCUGGCUCGAAGUUAAGGCUAGCUAUGAGCCGUCGCCCAACGAAACUAUACCAUACAUGAUGCCGAUACGUAACCCUGCGGAGAAUGAGAUCCGCGCUGCAGAGGAGAAAUGGAGUGAGUGGCUUGCGAUGCAGGACUGGAUGGUGGGACCGAGGGCACCUCCUUCUGAGGCGAUGAGAGCGCACCUUGAGAUGGACUCUAUGGAGUGA